CCGUGUAGACUGUUGUCUCAUUUACUGAGACUGGUUCAGUUCAAACGUGUGAAUCUAAUGUUCUGGUGACCUGGAGGAUAAGUAGGAAGUGGACCUGUGUACUAGACCUGGUCUCCACGAGGAGCGUGGAGGCGCCGACCCGUCUUCCUUAGACGCCCCAUGUGUGACAUCUGGUGUCCAGGUUGAUCCUGUAAUCCCCCGGGCUGCUUACAGGAUUACCGGAUCUCUGCCGGGAGCAGCAGACCAAGAUGAUGGAGGCGCUCAGGCUGCUGCUGGUCUGCUGGCUCCUGUUUGGUCUGGAACCGGUACCGGCUCAGGUACGCCACCCUCUGCCCGUGUUGUGGAUGAUGCCCGCGGGCUCCGUGUCGGGGGGGGGCAACCUGCAGGCCGGCGUGGCUACUGCGGUCCGACUGGCUUUAGAGGAUCUGAAGAAACAAGCGGCUCCUCUGGGGGACUACGAGAUCCAGUUCCAUGAGCUGGACUCACAGUGUGACUCUGCUGAAUCCAUCAAAGCCCUGUUUGAUGCCAUGUGGGUGGAGCCUAACUACCUGCUGCUGUUUGGGGGGGUGUGUCCAUCUGUGACGGCGCUCAUCGCCCGCUCUCUGCCGGCCCUCAAUCUGCUGCAGGUGUCCUUCUCAGACUCGUCCCCCAGCCUGUCCAACAGGAAGUGGUAUGGCAACCUGUUCAGCACGGUGCCUUCGGACCGGGUCUUGAACCAGGCCACGGUGAAGCUGCUGCAGCGCUUUAAGUGGACCCGGGUCGGAGUAAUCUCUCAGGAGCAACCCCGACUCUCAGAGGUGAAGAAAGAUCUGAGCCGACAGCUGCUGAAGGCAGAUAUUCAGGUGGUUUCUUCAGAAAGUUUCUCUGACAACGUCUGCAGCAGCUUGAAGAGGCUGAAGGAACGAGACGUUCGGGUCAUCAUCGGUCACUUUGAGGAGGAGUCUGUCUCCGAGGUUCUCUGCUGCGCUUACAGGCUGAACAUGUUUGGAGCCCGGUACCAGUGGCUGGUGGUUGAUGGUGGAACAUCUGGAUGGAGGUUUGAAAAGCAGGUUCCCGGAUGUACGGCCAACAGUCUGCUGAUGGCAGCAGACGGAUCCAUCAAGAUGCAGAUGAGGCGGCUUGGUAACACCAAGACCCCGGGAAUCUCUGGACGGACCCCUCAGGACUACCAGGACUCGUAUGUUAGAAGGCUGACCCAGGAGGGGUCGAAGGUCAGCCCCCUCCACUCCUUCGCCUAUGACGCUGUGUGGGUGACUGCCAAAGCUCUGACUCAAGUGAUGGAGGCGGUGAAGCACAGAGAGAAGUAUAGCAGCCGGAGAAACGUGAGCCUCAGUGGGGAAGAAGUCCAGAAGACACUGCUGGAGGCUGUGAAGCAGACGCAGUUUGAAGGAGUCACGGGUUCAGUGUUCUUUCGUAACGGAGAGAGAAUGGCGGCAAUCGAUCUGAUCCAGUUUCAAGGCAGCAGUGGGGUGUCAGUGGGGGACUUCAGUACUUCCACACAACAGCUGCGUCUGGUAAACCACCUGCUGAAGUUCCCAGGUCCAGGACCGACCAGGGACCGGACCCUGGUCGUGGUGCAGCGGCAGCAUGUCAGCUUCCUGCUGUACGGCAUUAUAUCAUCAGCUGCAGCCGGGACCAUCUUCAUCACGCUGGCCCUCCUCUUCUUCACCGCCAUCUGCCGUAAACACCGGCCGCUCACGCUCAGCGAUGGAUCGGAGGACGAGCUGCUGCUGCUCGGCGUCCUGAUGUCCUCCUCCUCCAUCUUGGUCUCCGGUCUGGACGGAGCCACGUGGUCCCUCUGGACCUCUGAGCUCCUCUGCUCUGUGCGCCUGUGGACCGUCUCUCUGGGCCACACAGUGGGCUUCAGCGUUCUGUUCAUCCGAACCUGGAGGCUUCACUCGCUCUGCAGCGUGAGGCACAAGCCGGCCGGCCGCGUUCUGCUGCUGCUGCUGCUGCUCGAUGUGUCGCUUUUAAGCACCUGGCAGACCGUAGACCCUCUCAGGCGGGUGGAGCUUCAGUUGAGACCACAGAGUGUCCCGGCUCAGGACGAGCUUGUCCAAAUGUUUUCUGAAAGCUGCAGCAGCUCCAACAUGCAGCUGUGGAUCGCUGCUGUGUGCGGAUCCAAAGCUCCUACAAUGGCUCUGGGCUGCCUGUUGGCAUGGAGCGUGAGGUCACCGGGUCGUCCACAACCUCUCACGCAGUGUGUAGUUGCCGUGACGACCUUCAGUGUGUCCGGCCUGCUGGCGUCGCUGCUGACGGCCCACAAUCCUCCUCUCCAGCUGGGCGUCAGCGGCGUCCUCGUCCUCUGCUGCAACCUCUUCGUCCUCGGCUGGCUCUUCGGGCCGAAGGUUAGCGCGACCUUCAGAGAAGCGAGAGGCGUCUUGAUGCUCUGUUCCUCUGACGUGGUUCUUUCUCUUCAGUUCCUGUAUGGAGACGAUGAGCUGGGAGACAAAGAAGAAGAGGAGGUGAGGGGGAGGAGCCUGAGCGGCCUCAACCUGCAGCUCUGGAGUCACAACGCACAGCUGGAUUCAGACAUAGAAACCCUCCGCUUGCAGCUCUGUGAGGCGACGCAGCCGAAGCUUCAGCGCGGCACCAGAGGACGAGACUCAGCAGGUGGACUCAGAUCUGUGACAUGGUCCCAUGCGGCUCAGGUCUUCUCUGAGGAACGGAGCCCGGCUUGGGACCCUUUGAGUCCUGACGGCAUCAACUCUCCUGAACAUGUGAGGCGCCGCCUGUCUGUCCAGCUGCCGAUCCUCCAUCACUCCUACCUGCCGGCCGGCGGCGUGAGGGCCAGCAGCUCCAGGAUGUUCUGGGACGACAGCUACUUCCUGUUCCCCGACCAAUCAGACGGUGGCUGUGACCAUGUCACUGAGGAGUAGUGGCAAAAGGACUCUUUUACUUCAAUACUACAUUGAUCUGUCACAUUUAUUCCAAGUAACUAUAUAAAUCUGAUAGUUGUUUAAUCAGCUGAUCACUGACCCGAUAACCGGCUGUUGGGAGCUGCAGUUUGACAUGUUGGAUUUAUACAGAUUAGAGAUGUAGGAUUAAAUUGUGAUAAUAAAUAAAUAAUCUGUAUUUAAAGUUUACAGGUUGCAGGAUAAAAGUUGAAGAAAGAAGAAGAAAACAACAACAUACGUCUUGAUUUAUAUUUGUUUGCGUUAACCAUGAAAAACAUUUUUAAUGAAGACGAUAUUGAUGUUCCUCCCAUGUAUGAUGGGGUGUAAUGAGGUGUGGUGAUGUUUGUCGUUGGGGUGUAAUGAGGUGCUGGUGACGUUUGUCGUUGGGGUGUAACGAGGUG